GUGGCGGUUCAAAGUUCAAAAUGGCAUUUUUCGGUCCGUUAAAACCUUGGGUACAGAUUUUAGUGCCAGAUCCCUGUUUUUAUGAGUUUUUCGUCAAUUUCAACUUCUUCGAAGUGGAAUGCUUGAAGAUAGUCAUCAGCAAAUGUUUGGGGUAUGCCAUCAUCCUAGGAGCAGUCUUAGUGAAGCUGCCUCAGAUCAUCAAACUGCUCUCAGCUAAAAGUGCAGAGGGCCUGAGUUUUGCCAGUGUUAUAUUAGAGUUACUUGCAGUCUCUGCAUCUACAAGCUAUGGAUAUGCUAUGAAUUUUCCAUUUAGUUCCUAUGGAGAGGGCAUAUUCCUGGUGCUUCAGACCGCUAUUAUAGGAUUUCUUAUUCUCGUCUAUAGUGACAAACUAUCUCAGGCACUAAUCUUCAUCACUGUGUAUACUGCAACUAUUGGUUUCCUACUAUCACCUAGCGCACCAUUGUCCUUAUUAUGGGGCCUUCAAGCUGCCAAUAUGCCAGUUGUUGCCAUGGCAAAGAUGAUCCAGGCAUUAGAAAACUUCAGGAAUGGGUCAACAGGACAGCUCAGCGCUAUCACAGUCAUGCUACUCUUCCUUGGUUCUGUAGCCAGAAUUUUAACUUCAAUUCAAGAAACAGGGGACCUUAUGAUGAUAUUAACAUAUGUUGUUUCUACAAUUUGUAAUGGGAUUAUCACAUUCCAGAUGGCGAUUUAUUGGAACUCUGGUAAAGAGAAACAGAAAACAAAUUAGGGAUCUCUAUAUUGUCAGCCUAUAAGAACUCAUGGUUUUCUCAAGCUUCAUAAAAAGCUCAAGUGAUAAUUGGGAAAAUGAAAAACAGUGUUCCAAAAAAAUUUAAAUAAUUUUCUUAAUCAUCAUGGAAUUUUUUUGAAUUAUCUUUUGUACACCACUCUCUAGUAGACUAGACAAAAAUUCAAGAAUCCACCAAAAUACAAAAAAGUAAGUUAUUAAAUUAAAAAAUGAGAGGGUUGUAUUUAUGGGUCACCCUGUAUAUGAGGCUCCUAUUGUUGGUCCAUUUUGUCAAAUGAUCAUGUCAUUGGACAAAUCAAGGAGACAAUUUUUAUUGCAUUUCAGAAGUAGUGUGCCAUAUUUUCAUUGUCAUUUGUUGACGGGUGUAACUGUAAGUGUAUGUUGGGUCAACUUGCUUGAGAAAACCAUGUUGAUUUGUGCUGCAGUUAUACUGUUUCAUACAACUUAAUUAAACUCGAUACAACAGAUUAUAUUCAUUAGAAAUACAAUAUUGCUGAGAGGAGGGGUUCCAUUCAAGAUUUUUGUUGUUGGUGUUUGUUGUAAUUUUAAAAGGGUAGCCUAAGACAUAUAAUAUAUGGAGUUUUUAUUAUAUUGUACAUACACAUACAUGACAUU